AUGUCGUCGCAAGAUAUGAAUGCGCUACUGCACGCAAUGCGUGUGCAGAUAGCGGAAUUAACCUCGCAGCUCGCCGAGAUACAGGCCAACCCCCCUGUAGCAACCCCCUCGGUAGAGAAAAAGUUUAACAAGAAAGUCGAAGUCGUCGCUGACCCUGGCGCCUUCGAAGGAGACCAAGCGCGAUUUGCCGAAUGGUGGAUCAAGCUCCAGAUUUGGGUCAAGGCGAACUGGGACGCUUUCGCCGACGAUUUUGAGGUAGCCACUGCGGUGCUAUCUCGCCUAAAAGGACCUGUGGCGGGUCGAUACGCCCAAGUAAGACUCCAGGAAUGCUACACCGCGGGUGUGUGGCCUACCUGGGACGAUCUCAAGAAAGAGAUCGAAAAAUAUUUCAAACCGCAAGCUGAGCGAGACUGGGCGCGUCAGCAAAUCCGUUCCUUCAAACAAGGAAACAUGAGGACGGAUGAUUAUGUCACCCGGUUCCUGGCCCUCUCCAUCCAAGGAGGGUUAGGUAACGAACACGCAGUAGAACUGCUGGAACGCAAUGUGAACCCUCGCAUUGCAGAACAGAUCUACCUGCAGGAUACAAGAAGUGACGACCUGGCUCUGGCAGCCGAGGAAGUCCGACGAGUCGGUAGGGCCAUGGAGCUCUACGCUAUGCACCAAGGUGGCGGGUCCACCAAACAAACCACCACACCCCAGAGGCGCCCUGGGUCAUCAAACCAACAUCAUAAUCACUCUCACGGGUUCAAGCCGUUCGGGCUGCAGCCAGGACAGGGUGCUCCUAUGGAUAUCGGCGCGGUCCAAGGCGGACAAAUGCGCAGAUUCAAGGGCAACUGUUACAACUGCGGCCAAGAGGGACACAUGCGCCAGGCGCGCCAAUUAGAAAUCGCAAAGCCGGACGAUCGGCUCAACUCUUUGGCCGGUCGUUCUUACGACGAAAUCCGGGCCUUCUUCUAUGACCAACAGGUCAACGAAAUGAAGGCUCAGGGAAAAGAAUUCGGGGCUUAG